UUACCUGCUCACUUAUUACACCUUACACAGCCCCUUAAUAUAGGUUAUUUUGCCACAUUAAAGUGUGCGUACAAGAAAGAGAUUAGAGCCUUAGUAAAUAGCUAUAUUAACUAUAUUAACAAGAAAGCAUUCCUAGACACCUACAGUAAGGUGUAUAAGGGUGUUUUCUUGUCUAAUAAUAUUAGAUCUAGCUUUAGAGCAGCUAGUUUAGUUCUAGAUAACCUAGGGGUGGUGCUAUUAAAGCUUAAUAUAAAGCUUUGUACGCCAACUCCACCUCUGCUAACUACCACCUCCUGGCAACUAAGGACUCUAAGCAACACGCUUAAGAUAGGUGUAUAA